AAGCGGCGCCGCGAUCGUGUCUCUUCCCCCCCCCCCCCUUUCCCCAUUCCCGCUAUUCCCGGUAUUCCCGCCUUUCCUCCCCUUUUCCCGCCUUCCCCCCCCCUUUUCCCGCCAUGGAGGACGUGACCCCCCCGGAGCUUCUCCCGUUCCUCCUGCAGCAGGAGUGGGGGGGGGACGUUCCCGCAGAGCCCCCCCCGGUGCCGGCGCCAUCGGUGGAGAUCCUGGAGCAGCCGAAGGCGCGCGGGAUGCGGUUCCGGUACAAGUGCGAGGGGCGCUCGGCCGGGAGCAUCCCUGGGGAGCACAGCACGGAGAGCGCGCGCACGCACCCCACCAUCCGCGUGAACAACUACCGGGGCCCGAGCCGGGUGCGGGUGUCGCUGGUGACAAAGGACCCCCCCCACCGCCCGCACCCCCACGAGCUGGUGGGCAAAGACUGUCACGACGGUUACUAUGAGGCCGAGCUGCCCCCCGAGCGCAGCGUGCACAGUUUCCAGAAUCUGGGAAUUCAGUGUGUGAAGAAGCGGGAGCUGGAGGCGGCCGUGGCCGAGCGGAUCCGCACCAACAACAACCCCUUCAAUGUGCCGGCGGAGCAGCGGGGGGGCGAGUACGACCUGAGCUCGGUGCGACUCUGCUUCCAGGUGUGGGUGCGGGGCUGGGGGGGGGGGUGGCUCCCGCUGCCCCCGGUCCUGUCCCAGCCCGUCUAUGACAACCGCGCCCCCAGCGCGGCCGAGCUGCGGAUCUGCCGCGUGAACCGGAACUGCGGGAGCUGCCGCGGGGGGGACGAGAUCUUCCUCCUGUGCGACAAAGUGCAGAAAGAGGACAUCGAGGUGCGGUUCUGGGCCGAGGGCUGGGAGGCGCGCGGCUCCUUCGCGCAGGCCGAUGUCCACCGCCAGGUCGCCAUCGUGUUCCGGACGCCGGCAUUCCUGGAUCCCGGCCUCCGGCAGCCGCGGAGCGUCCACAUGGAGCUGCAGCGCCCGUCCGACCGGCAGCGCAGCGCCGCCAUGGAGUUCCGCUACCUGCCCCACCACGGGGACCUGCAGUGCAUCGAGGAGAAGCGCAAACGCACCCGCGAGACCUUCCGCUCCUUCGUGCAGCGCAGCCCAAUGCCUGGUCUGGCCCCCCCCGAGCCCCGCCCCCCCCGGCGCAUCGCAGUACCCUCACGGCCCCCCCCCGGCCUCGCAGCACCCCCCCCGCCCCCCCCGUGUUUUGGGGCCCCGGGGGGGGUAUUGGGGGGCGCCCCCCCCCCCGCAGCCGAGCCCUUGGCUGAGGCGCUGCUGCAGCUGCAGGUGGCUGAGGAGGGGCCCCCCCCGGACGUGGGAGGGGGCAGCAGCGGGGGGGGGGUGUCCCCACCCCCCUCAUUGGACCUGGGGGUGCUCCUGGGGGACCCCCAGUUCCCCCCACUGGAGACCAUCAACGCCGCUGAGGUGCAGCGGCUGCUGGGGCCCCCCGAACCUCCCCCCCCGCUCUUCGGGGACCCCCCCUUGCCUCUGGGGGGGGCUGAUGGAGGGGGGGCCCCCCCCAUGCUGAUGUCGUACCCCGAAGCCAUUGCUCGCCUCGUGCAGGGGGGGGACGGGCCUGGGGGGGGGGGCCCAGUUUGGUGGGGGGCCCCCCCCGAUUUGGGGGUUGGGGGGGGGGACCCCGAGGACUCGCUGCCCUCCCUGGGGGACCUGGACUUCAGUGCCUUCCUCAGCCAGUUCCCCUCCUCCUAAGUGGGAGGCACUG